GAGAGAGGUACACAGAGAUGUAUAUGCUCAGUUCCACAUCCUGUGGCAGAGUGCUUGGUUGUGCCAGUAUAACACAGGACAGUCCUGGUCCAAAGUCUGAGCCCAGAGCGUGGGCCGGACAGCAUGUCGGAUUCUGAAGCCCAAGUAAACUCCAAAAAAGCUGGCAUUCGGGCUGCUGUCAUUCUGAUAGGACUACUGCACAAGUCCAGACGGCAGAAGGAGAGAGAGAGAGAGAAAAGAAAUGAACGGAAACAAGAGUUGCUAACCAAUUCCAGUGUGCCUCUGGGAGAAUGUCCACCCUCACCCCCCCAAACUGCACCACCCACCAUGAAGUCUGCAGAGUUCUUCGACAUGCUGGAAAGGAUGCAGGAUGACUAUAUCCCUUACCCCCGGAUAGAAGAUGUCCUGGAGAAGGGAGGUCCCUACCCUCAGGUCAUUUUACCUCAGUUUGGUGGUUACUGGAUUGAGGAUCCUGAAGCCCCAGUCGGGACACCCAAUUCCUCAGAGAGCAGUUUUUGUGAGGAGGAGGAUGACGAUAGUCCUGGUGGAGGAGGAGGCUUUGGAUAUCGGCUGGAAUGUAACAGCGCUUCACGGGCUUACCGCAAACACUUUCUGGGCAAGGAGCACAUGAACUAUUACUGCACUGCCAGUAGUAUGGGCCAUCUCAUCAUGUCUUUGAAUUAUGAGGAUGGAGAUGGACAGGAGUCACUCCGUAUCAUGCUCAGGUCAAAAACAAAGACCCUUCAUGAAAGAAUUCCACUUGAAGGCCUGUCACAGUUACCAAGCGUACCACAGAUAGCCAAGCUGCUCUGCGAUGACGUCACAGGUCUAAAGUUCAACCCUGUUCUCUACCCUAGGGCCUCACAACUGAUCGUUGGUUUUGAUGAGCACGAGGUGAACAACACUUUAAAGUUUGGCAUAAUCUAUCAGAAGUUUGGUCAGACAUCAGAAGAAGAGCUAUUUGGGAACAACGAGGAGACGCCAGCGUUCGCUGAAUUCCUCAGUGUUUUAGGAGACAAUAUUGAACUGCAGGAUUUUAAAGGGUUCAGAGGCGGUCUGGAUGUUUCUCAUGGGCAGACUGGAUCUGAGUCUGUCUAUACUGUGUUCCGUCAGAAAGAAAUAAUGUUCCAUGUUUCCACAAAACUCCCAUUUACAGAAGGAGACAUUCAGCAGCUCCAAAGGAAGAGACAUAUUGGCAAUGACAUCGUCGCUGCCGUCUUUCAGGAGGAGGCCACGCCAUUUGUACCUGAUAUAAUCGCAUCCAACUUCCUUCAUGCCUACAUCUUAGUGCAGGCAGAAAACCCCUGCACUGACCAAACCACAUACAAGGUGUCUGUCACAGCUCGAGAGGAUGUACCUACUUUUGGCCCCCCUCUGCCAAACCCUCCAGUUUUUAAGAAGGGACCUGAGUUCCGGGAAUUUCUGCUGGCAAAAUUGAUUAAUGCAGAAAAUGCUUGUUACAAAUCAGACAAAUUCGCCAAGCUAGAGGAGAGGACACGGGCGGCAUUGUUAGAUAACCUUCACGAUGAGUUGCACAGACAGACACAGGCCACAAUAGGACUGGGCUCAGCUACAGAUGAAGAAAAAAUAGAAAACGGAGGUCAUGGAGGUCUUCUAGAAUCAUUUAAGAGGGCUAUGCGUGUGAGGAGUCACUCUAUGGAGACAAUGGUGUCUCAUAAACACAAGAGUCCAGGAGCCACAGCAGGGGUCCCAUCCAGCUUCAGUGGUGGAGGACUUCAGCAGAAUAGUAUGGAGUGUACCAAGAGCACCUUCACUCCUCCAGUGCUGUCUGCAAAGUCUCCAUUAAAGAGUCCAGUAAAGAAGAGAUCUGGUCUGUUACCCAGACUGCACUCCAGCUCAGAGAGUCCAACUGAGAAACACCCAACUCAAGGUGACCAAAAAUCAGAAGUGCUCCCUCACUCACAGGAAGUGAGAUCAGAGACAUCGUCCAAUCCAAGUUCACCAGAGAUCUGCUCAAACAAAGAAAGGCCAUUUGUGAAGCUGAAAGAGUGCAGCGGAAGAGCCAACAUCUCCCGAUCUUCCUCCAGCACCAGCAGCUUCAGCAGCACAGCGGGGGAUGGAGAUGGCCUGGAGGAACUGGACACGAGCAGUCACCAAUUCACGGCCUCAUCUGUGUACAGUCCAUCUCUCAGUGUGGAAAGCCAGAACUCCGGAACGCCACUGAUCAUGUGCCGUAGUCCCACAGAUGGAAAGAGCAAAACCUCACCAAGGUCAAACUUAAAAUUCCGCUUUGACAAACUGAGCCACUCCACAGGGCAUUAGGUCACACAAAAGGCUGCAAGGACAAAAGGCAGUGACUUUGAACAGAUUUUUAUAGAUUCAUAUGCAAAAGGGACCCUUUCUUUAGACGAUGCAACAGUUAUUACUGUUACAAGUAUAAUACACAACUGAACAUUAUAAAAACUGAUCGUAGAACUACCGUCCUACAAACCCACACAAAAUGACAAGGGUUUAGGGGACAGAACACAAGUCUUACUAGAAAUAGCAAACAAUGUCUCUGUUUCAGCAAUUUAAAUGUAGUAGUGCUCAUCCAAGUGUUCAACCUAUCCAUUGCUUUCUAGACAGAUGCGAAAUAUUAACAAAGCCACUUGAAAUACUUGAACAGCACACAGUCAUUACAUGUUACAAGAGAUAAGGACUACAAUACUGCAUUGUAAGCACCCAAAACUAUACAGUCACUAUUUAGUCUGUUGCCGAUACAGGAUUACGGGUCAUUUUGAGUCUUGUAACACAUUGCCCAUCAGUGUAAGCCUUAAAACACUAUGCUCUUCUGACACAGACAUGGAUUUGUUCAUUUUUUUUAUUUGUGAGUAAUGUGAGAAGAGGUGCAAUUCACUUUUCCCGAAGGUAACCAAAGAGGACGAUUACCAGGGUGGAAUAAAGGGAAAUAAGACAUGAUUUAUUAUAUAUUUUUUAAAGCAAAAUAGGUCUAUUUAAUACAUUUCAAUGUACGUUUAGACUGCUGUAGAAAUAAAGACUUUACAGUAUAUUUGGUCAACACUGUGUUGUGGAUGUUCCAAAAUUAAUUUCAAAUUCACAAAUCCACAGCUGGUAGAAGGAAAUUGUGUGCCUGAUCUAAUGAAAAUUAUGUGACUAUAGUGACAUAUUUGCAAAAUUAUAUUACGUGGGUACUCCAUGUACUUCAUAUCAUGACAGUUCCAAAGGUGAAAUGUCCACUGUGUGGCGCUAAAAAUUAGGAAAAUUUUCUCCCGAACAGAUGAGGGGCUCUAUGUUCGCGAGUGGUCAAAGCCCUGUGCGUCUUAUAGAAUUUUCAUGAGAGAAUUAAUUCUAAGUGCAAUUUUCAUGCCAGUACAAAGCGCAAGUGGGCAUGGGUGGGAGUGUUUGCACUAUCUGUGGGUGUAUGCGCGCAGACCUUGGGCGUAUUGGAUGGUAUUGAAGUGGCGCAAAGCACAAUUUGCUCUUUUCCUGAGAAAUAGGCCAUUGUGCUAAGACGUGUCAAAAGCAAGUUUUAUCUCAGCACAAAGUCCAAACAAAGUUCCUACCUUCUGUUUCUGACAAUCACUGUUGGAGCUGUUUUUUUAAACAAAUAUUUAUGAGAUUUGUGUUAAACUCUGUAGGUCAUGGUUUAUUUUUCAAUUAUUAUUAUUUUGUUUAUAUUUACAAUUGCAAUUAUGAUCUAAGUUGUAUUGGUAUUUUUCCACCUGUUGUCGUAGAGUGAUUUUUAAGUCACUGCAAAAGAAGCCGGUCGAAGAAGUUGAAGAGAGUAAAAUGACUGGAUUUGGUAUGCUUUUUUUUGACCACUUAUUAAUUUAGAUUAUAUUUUCAUUUCAUUUGAAGUUUAAUUUUAAUUUAGAAAUAUUUUUGGUUACAUUUUUUCAUGUUUCAUUAAAUGAAUUACAUUUUUCAAAAUCAAAUUCGACUGGUAGAAGUGAAGUGCGUUCUGAUACAAUCACUGUUAAUACUAGCUGUGGUUUGUGUCUCAGUAGAUGAAAAUGAUUAAUGAUGCUUACAUUUUCUAUAAUUUAACUAACAUUAAUUCCAAAUCAUGAUGAGAACCACAUUUUUCAUGCAUAUAGGAGCAUGUUACUGUCAUAGAAAAAUGCCUUGCAGAAGUGUUGGAGUAGAAAUAAAACUGCACUUGACACAGCCCAUUAGUGCUUUGCAUGCAAAAUUUUCCAAACCCACUUGCGCCUAGACUUGCAUGAAAAACCAAAACUUCAUGACCAUGCCCAUUGACUUGCGCGUGCUGUAUGACUUUUGAAAUAGCACUUAUUGCUAGUGUUCUUAAAAUAAUUCCAGAGGUUUUUAAGGUGAAUGCUCUAUCGAAUUUGAAAUCAACAAAGCCUACCUCCAUACCCUAAACCUUAAACCUAAACCUAACUGACAGUGUCAUAAAAAAUUGUGUCUUGAAAAACACAAUUUCUGAAGCAACCAUGUCAUUUUGUGGUGCUUCUAUAACACUGUCGGCUCACUUGUCGAAUCACCUUCUCUUUAAGCUUGUAAAUAUUGUUGGUUAUGUAUUUGAAACGUUAAAAUGCAUCACCUUAAAAGUCAUGUGCUAAAGUAAAAGUGUUCUGAUGUCAUAAAAUGACAUUGUGUUAGGAACAGUGCGAAAAGUAUGUCUUUAUGAACUGAUAAUCUGUCCUUUUACUCGUGAAUGAAAGGGAAUAAAUUGUCGUUUUAGCACAUCUAGUGUUUAUCUCACCAGGAAACUGCCACGAUACGUACAACGAGCCACAUAUAAAGCAUUUUGGAAAAAUUACAGUAUAUUAAUGUAAUUCUGAGAGCAGGUCAAUUAUUUUUAUAUUAGCUAUUGCAUUUGUGUGUCUCUUCCCAUUCUUUAUAAUUCAGUUAGUAGUAAACAGUGAUACUCAUUGGUGAGGGCAUUAGAACUGAGAGCGAGUUAAAUAUUCUUGUAUAGUGAGAACUUUGUUUGAUAUAAAAGGUGUUGGCAUAUGUGUUUGUACUGCCAUAAUUUAUUGCUUUUGUUGAUGUUACGUUAAGUAUAAUUGCAGAGUAUGCAGAGAGUCAAAUAAAUUAAGAUAAUUUAAAAGAUCAUGUAUAUGUAUAUUUGGUUAUGGCAUGUGCCAUUAAGAAUUUAUUAUAAAAUGUAUUUUGUGCCAAAUGACUGUCU